GAAUUUCCGCUCCCGUACUCCCACCGCGGCCCUGGCGGCAGCUGUCACCUGUAAGGCGAGCACCGCGCAUGGGGGAUGGAGUCCGGCGCCCAUUGGACAGACUGUAAAGGCAGACACCUACCCCGAAGACUGGGGACCCCGCGGGGCGGCGGCGGGGGUCGCGCGCCGCGGCCCCCGGCUCCUUUCUCCAGGAGACUGCCGGGCCCUGCUGCGCUGGCAUGACCGAGGUCCAGCUUCGGGGACACGCCCGUCACGCCUCGGUGAACAAGAUCAGGUGAGACUGGCCGAGGCGGACCUGACUCCCGGAACCCCGGCUCCCUCCUCCGGCGGCGCCGCGACGUCCACCUUGCCCAGCAACCGGGAACCGCAGAGUUGGUGGGAGCGGCCGGCCUGGCUCCCCCCUUGCGGGGCGGUAAGUGACCAUGGCGCUGGCCGCGGCCGCGGCUGCUGCGGCCGCCGGAGUGAGCCAGGCGGCGGUGCUGGGCUUCCUGCAGGAGAACGGCGGGAAGGUGCGCAACUCGGAGCUGCUGAGCCGCUUCAAACCGCUGCUGGAGGCCGGCGACCCACGCGGCCGCGCCGCCCGCAGGGACCGCUUCAAGCAGUUCGUCAACAACGUGGCCGUGGUGAAGGAGCUCGACGGCGUCAAAUUCGUGGUGCUGAGGAAGAAGUCGCGGUCCCGCGACGGACCCGAGCCCCCGCCCUGCUGCUUCCAGAGCGCCCCGGAGGCACCAGCCCCGCCGUCGAAGGUCACUUCUGUCUCACAGGAGGAAACCGCGGCUUCUGGGGCUCCGUCCUCGUCCUCGGCACCGAGGGCGGCGGAACCGGCUGAGGACCCGGCCCCGCCAUCAGAGCAGCAGGACACCGCCGGGGCUCCGGCCUCAGAGACCACUCAGGGGCUGUUGUUAGGCCCGGCCUGGCAGUCAGGGGUGCCCUCGGACCCCCAGAUUCCAGCCUUCGAGCUGGCCCAGCCCCCUGAGGGUCUCUCUGAAGACGUGGCCCCAGCGUCCACGGCGCCGUCGGAGGCACCCUCGCCCCAUGUAGAACCGCCAGACCCGGAAGCUGCGCCUCGGGAGCCACCACCACCCACUCCGCGCCCUCCGCCACAGAAGCCCUGCAUGCGGCCUGUGCGCUGCGUCCCCGGCCCCUCGGCGCUGCGGAUCCGGGCUGAGGAGCAGGGCCUGCGCAGGCAGCUGUCGGAGGAGCCCAGCCCGCGGAGCUCCCCGAUGCUGCUGCGGCGGCUCUCGGUUGAGGAGUCCGGCCUGGGCCUCGGUCUGGGCUCCGGCCGCUCCCCUCACCUGAGGCGUCUGUCGCGCGCCGGCCCGCGCCUGCUGAGCCCCGACACCGAGGAGGCUCCGGCUGCCCCGCCGCCGUCCGCCGUGCCCCUGGAGCCGGCCGAACACGAGUGGCUAGUGCGGACGGCUGGGGGCCGCUGGACCCACCAGCUGCACGGGCUGCUGCUGCGCGACCUCGGCCUGGCAGCCAAACGCGAUUUCAUGUCUGGUUUCACGGCCCUGCACUGGGCCGCUAAGAGCGGCGACCUCGAGAUGGUGCAGCAGCUGGUGGAGGUCGCGCGGCGUGGGGGCGCACGGGUCGACGUCAACGCGCGCUCGCACGGCGGCUAUACGCCGCUGCACUUGGCGGCGCUGCACGGCCACGAGGAUGCGGCCGUACUCUUGGUAGUCCGCCUGGGCGCGCAGGUGCACGUGCGCGACCACAGCGGACGGCGCGCUUACCAGUACCUGCAGUCGGGCGCCUCGUAUGCUCUGCGUCGCCUACUUGGCGACCCUGGCCUGCGAGGUUCGACUGAACCCGACGGGGCUGCUGGUGGUAGUGGCAGUUUUGCGGCCCGGCGCCCCGUGCAGGUGGCGGCCACCAUCCUCAGUUCCACCACCAGCGCGUUUCUGGGCGUCCUGGCUGAUGACCUGAUGCUCCAGGAUCUGGCUCGAGGCAUGAGGAAGUCAAGCUCCUUAAGCAAAUUCUUGGGAGCCUCGCCCAUGGCUCCUCGUAAAAAGACAAAGAUCCGCGGCAGUCUGCCAGCCUUUUCAGAAAUCUCUCGUCGACCCACUCAGGGGCCCUUGGCUGGUCUAGUGCCCAGCCUACCCCCAGCAACCUGACGGUUCCCAAGGUUACGGCUUGGUGGCUCUAAUCGCCCCUCCCUCUCACAGUCAAAGCCUGCCCAAGACCAUGGUCCAACACUUUUGGCGGCUCCAUCGUGUCUUCAGCUUUGUUCACUGCAGCCUGUUUUACCCAAGUGGGCCCUUGCCUCCAGCUUAAUCUUUCUCCAGAGAUGGGAUUCAAGAUCUCAGUGAGAGCCUCCUAUGAAGAACUCUGGAAAUCAGGCUUGAACCUUGGAGGAGAUUUGCAAUUAGGAUCAAAGGUUCAGGGGCAGCAGCUGGUCUGGCCCCUGAAUGAUUUAACCCAAUGCCUCUGCAUCUAUAUACUUCCAAAGCAGAAUUACAGCUUUGUGUGAUGAUAGAUUAUUUGUCAGCUUUAAGAUAUGCAGUGCAUUUGUAAUUUGAUGCUUUUAUUCUGUUUUUAAGUUGAAAUGAGGUAAAACAACUUUCAUAAAAUAACCUCUUGAAAUUAUAUUUUUCCAAAAUGCUCAGACAUGUUCAAUCUUUUGCUAAAUAUUUUGCAAUUCUAUUUAAAAAGAAAAAAACGAUCCAGAUAUAAAGAAAUUUAGUCCCAACCAACAAAACCCUUGAAUGGUUAUCUACCUCAUUUUAAGCAAUCAAGAUGCCAAUCUUGAACACAGAAAGUGACCAUUGUGAAUGUAAUUAAUUUCAGUUAUACUGUGAAUGCUAAAUAUUAGAAAACAAGUGCAUCUUGGGAGUAAAAGUGAUUUAACAGUGAGAGAAAAGAGACAUUUUUGGCAAAUACUUUUAAUUUGUGGUUGUCUUUAUGGUGAAAUGUAUCUUUGUCACUGGUCGCUGGCUACUUUGAUAUGGCGUGAAUAUUUAACUUUUUAAAAUUUGAUUUGUGAAUUGUACCAUUGUGCCAUGUUUCUGAAUCUGUGGCUUUCAAAUCUGGCUGAGGCUUUCACUGCAGUAGGUGAAUAUUCAAAGAAAAAAAAUGUCAUAGCCUAACGCCAGAAAAAUAACUGGUUAAAUAGUAACAGAUACAAUUAAGGAGCAACUAUUUUAUAAGAAAGUUCUAUACAAGCAAAACUUAUGUGGUAGCCAUUUUAAAAAGCCAUCUGAAAGCAAACAACUUAUUUCAAAAUACCAAAUGCAAAGUCUCCUUGCUCAGCGACCUUAGAGAGGGGUAGCUUAAUUCACCUGUAUCUUUGCUCCUAUUUGUAAUUGAGAAGGUUUUAAGUAUUGCCAGGAUUUCUCAGGUUCAACCCAGCGUGAUUAAAAUGGCUCUUUCCCCAUUUUAAAGAUAUGGAGUCUAUUUGCUCAACCAAUCUUUUUUUAAAAUAUCAUAUUGUAAUAAUGCUCUGCUUUUGCAAAUUGGGUUUGCAUGUGAUUAGUUAUACCAAAUAGUUUUUGUGACCAGGGUAGUGGGGCUCCCCUCCCAUAUAUGUACCAGUGAGGCCUCUGAAAAUUAUUUAAGGCAGUCCUUCCUGGAAUGUUUUGAUUUAACCAAUGAAAUAAACAUUUUCCCAUUUUGUU